AUGGAAUCGAAGCAAACAUACAAACCCUUAGCUCCCAAAGUGCCCAAGACCAAUGAAAACCAAGCCCCGGGCCCGUAUUUUAAUGCAUACCGUGAUACUCGGGUCUCGACUGCUUGUUCUUCCUGCCGGUCUCGACAGAUAAAGUGUGAUGGGGUGGCACCAUGUGGGAAUUGCCGCAAAUUUCAGGCUGAAUGCAUCAUCGACGAGAACAGCGAUAACCGCCGAAACGCGACUCUCAAGCGCAAAUUUGAUAGCCUAGAAAAUGACCGUGAACUCCUGAUACAGCUCAUGGAGAGCUUCCGCAAUAGUGAUGAUAACCGUGUCCAUGCGCUUCUGAAUCUGAUCCGUAGUAAUGCACCCCUAUUCGAGCUCAAAUCCUACAUCGACAACCAACUAAACAGAGAGUCAUCGCCCAAGCUGGCUGUGGUCGGUGAGGAGAUCCGACGGCUACAGCAAGCCAAACCCAGGGCUCAUCGGAAUGUUAUGGAUGUCAGGCGACUCUGCGAUCAGGCAGUGUACCGUGUACCCGCGAAACCGUGGACAACAGUUACUGAUGACGACGAAUUUGUAUCGCACCUCAUCUCACUUUACUUCACCUGGUACCAUCCAUGCUUUCCGUGGAUUGAUCGGGAGAUCUUUCUCCGCGAUAUGAAAGCAGGCAAUGCUGACUCUGAAUUCUGCUCUCCUUUUCUUGUGAACUCACUUCUGGCUGAUGCAUGCGCCUACUCCGAUUAUGCUGAAGCCUAUGCAGAUUCAGAAGAUCUAUCAACAAGGGGUGCGCACUUCUUUGCUGAGGCAAAGAGAUGCCUCGAGGAGGAGGAAGGGCGGUUCACUGUAGCAACAGUACAGGGACUUGAGGUUCUGUCUGUGUGCGCGUUCUUGAUGGGAAAAGACCGGCGUGGUUGGGUAUACCAAGGACAGUUGGCCUUUGCAGCUAAGGAGCUGGCCAGAUCCACUCACUCAGCCCCUUCGAAUGCCACCGCGAAGUCUCCCGAUCUGGCACAGGCUACUAACUUCACAUUCUGGGGAUUAUAUGUCAUUACGAUGGCAAGUGCCAUGGCUUAUCACAAACCCUCGCUGGUCGAAAAGCCUGACCGUCCAUGUCCACACGUUGCGCAUGAUCACCAUAAAGAUCUAUGGUAUCCUUAUCCAGCGCAAAGUGAUGGGUAUUCAACACACCCUCUAUGUCAUUUCAACAAUCUGUGUGAGUUGACUAUUGUCAUCAACAACUGGUGCCAGUUUCUCUUCGGUGAUUCAGAUAAGCCUGCAUUUGACAGGGUCAAAGAAUUGACUGAAAGCGUUGACCGCCGCUUAUCUGAAUGGCAACAAGGGCUGCCGCCGUGUCUUGAUCUGAACAUCGAAGGAGCCUUGCUUCCACAGGUGCUAUGCCUUCACAUGUAUUAUCAUAACAUUGUCAUCACCAUCUUCGGCUUUGCCAAGAAUGCAGAAAAUGAGGAUGAUGAGACCGGCCGUUCCUCAGCAUUCCACAAGUAUGCCGCUGACAGAUGUUUACGCUCUGCGCGGGAAAUCUCAAACCUGAUGAAACUACACCGAUCAUUUUGGGGGCUAGACAUCUUCCCAGCUGGUCACAUUCAAUGGAUCACAGUGUCUCUCUUCACCUUACUCGAAGGCCGGGACGACCCCGCAAACCGCGAGGCAUUCACAAACCUCAGCAUAGCCGCCAAGACCGCCUCACGACGCUGGACUCUCGGAAAAGGCAUGCUGCGGGCUGUCCAGGUCACGGCAGGGAAAAUGGCAGUGUCCAUGCCGCCAGAGACUGAUUUGCUUUUUGCGGAUUUUGAGCAACAGAUUCGGAACUCGAAGGAUCGGGAAGGGUUGAAUAGCUUGUAUCCGAACUUUGCGGUCUCGACUGGGUCUAUUCAGACUGAUGAGGUUGAACUUGAUAAGUUCUUGGAGAAAUGGGAUGCUCUGGGUGUCUCUGAGUCCAAUGAGCCAGACGUCUGA